UCUCUCUCUCUCUCUCUCUCUCUCUCUCUCUCAUAUUGCUUUGUUUCAUACAUUUCCUCCUGGGCUCUUUCACAACAAAGACGAGUAGACAUGGAUGUGGUGGGAAUCUUUAUCUCUCCAUUGCUUCAAGCUGUGAUUGACAAGUUGUUGUUCUCUGAUUUAAUCAACUUGGCGCGUCGUGAGGGUGUCGACACUUCCAUCAAGAAGCUGAAGAAGUCAUUUGAAGAUAUAAACGAUGUCCUUGCUGAUGCAGAGGACAAGCAGAUAUCCGACAGGGCUGUCAAUAAGUGGCUGAAAGAGCUCCAGCAUUUGGCUUACGAUGCGGACGAUGUGCUGGACGAGUUUGCCACUGAAGCUCUACGCAAGAAGCUGAUCAGGGCAGAGACUGAUGCUGAUGUUGAUGUUGGUGAGGCCAGCACAAGUAGGAAGGUACGACGAUUCCUCCUUCCUACUUGUUGCACUGGUUUUACUCCAAGUACGAUUUCAUUCAAUUUCGCAAUUGGGUCCAAGUUGGAGGAGAUCAAUGGUCAGUUACAAGAUGUUACUACAAGAAUUAAGGAACUUGGUUUGGUCAAAAAGGCUAUUGGGCGGAUGAAGUCUACAAAUGCGUGGCAGAGACCAGAAACUACAUAUUUGGUGAAAGAGCCUUGUGUUUAUGGUAGAGAAGAAAAGAAAAAACAGAUUAUUGAAUUGCUUCUCAGAGAUGCGGCAACUCAAAACAAAGUCGAUGUCAUUCCCAUCGUGGGCAUGGGUGGGGUUGGCAAGACUACUCUGGCUCAACUCAUUUGCGAUGAUAAUGGUGUCAAAAACCAUUUCAAUCUGAAAGCGUGGGUUUGUGUAUCUGACGAGUUUGACGUUAAGAGAAUAACAAAGGCAAUUUUGGAUGAAUUCACUCUUGAUUCAUGCAAUUUGACAGAGUUAAAUACCCUUCAACGUAAACUUGAGGACACACUGGCAGGAAAAAAGUUUUUGCUUGUCCUAGAUGAUGUGUGGAACCAUAGAGAUGAAGAGUGGAGUUCACUACAAUCUCCGUUUCGAGCCGGAGCACAUGGAAGUAAAAUCAUUGUGACAACGCGCAUCACGACUGUUGCGCGACAGGUGGGUACAAUUGAACACCACGAUUUGAAAGAGUUAUCACCUGAUGAUUGCUGGUCAAUCUUUGCCCAACAUGCAUUCAAGAAUAUAAAUAUUAGUGAACAUUCAGAAUUGGAAUCAAUUGGUAGGCAAAUUGUUGCUAAGUGCGGAGGCUUGCCACUGGCAGCAAGGGCCCUCGGUGGCUUAUUACGUGACCAAAAGGAGCAUAAAUGGAAAAUGGUACUAACUAGCAAUAUAUGGGAUAAACCAUACGAGGAAAGCCACAUUCUCCCAUCACUAAAAUUGAGCUAUCAUCAUCUCCCUUCCCAUUUGAAGAGGUGCUUUGGUUAUUGUGCAAUUGUCCCAAAGGAUUACGAAUUUGGGAAGGAUGAAUUAGUCUUGUUAUGGAUGGCAGAAGGUUUAAUUGAACACCCAGAAGGUGGAGAACAAAUAGAAGAUGUAGGCCGCAGGUAUUUUCACGAAUUGGUGUCUAGGUCAUUUUUCCAAUUGUCAAGGCAUAAUAAAUUGCUAUUCAUAAUGCAUGACCUCAUCAAUGAUUUGGCUCAAGCAGUUGCAGGGGACAUCUGUUUUAGGUUGGAGAAUAAUUUAGAGGGCGGCAAGCAGAACAAGAUUUCAAAUAAAGCUCGACAUUCAUCUUAUGUUGGUAGUGAAUAUGAAGGAAUCAGAAAAUUCAAAGCUUUCGAUGAUGCCAGAUGCUUACGAACCUUCUUAAGGUUUUCGGCGAGUGAAUUCAACUACACAACAAGGUACUUGAUUCAUGAUUUGUUGCCAAUGUUAAAGUGCUUACGUGAGCUGCGUUUUUGUUGUUAUGGGAUUGAUGAACUACCAGAUUCCAUUGGAGAUCUAAAGCAUCUACGGUACCUUGAUGUAUCCCAUUCGCGAAUUAGGAAGUUACCUGAUUCGGUGGUAACUCUCUACAAUUUACAAGUCUUGUUUUUGAAAUUUUGUGUUAAACUUGAGAAGUUGCCUCUAAACAUGGGGAGGCUAGUGAACUUGCGCCACUUUGACAUGACUGGCGUGCAUAUUCCAUCAUCAGAAGAGAUGUCACUACAUAUAGGUAAAUUAACUAAUCUCCGAACAUUGUCAAAUUUUAUGGUGGGUAAAGAUUGUGGGCGUAAAAUAGGAGAGUUGAAAAACCUAUCACAUAUUCAAGGGGCAAUACACAUAUCAAGAAUGGAGAAUGUCAGUGGUGUUAUGGAAGCAGUGGAUGCCAAUUUAAUGUCUAAGGAGGAGUUAAAAGAGUUAUCACUAGAAUGGGAUGAAUCUCAUAGUUUACAGAAUGACAUAGUUGAGAGGGAUGUGCUUGACGUGAUGAGGCCUUUCAAAUUUUUGGAACGACUCACCAUCAGUGGGUAUGGUAGUACAAAAUUUCCAAACUGGGUUGGAGAUGUUUCAUUCUCUAAAAUGGUAUUCAUGCGAUUAAAAGGUAGUAAAUAUUGCACAUCAUUGCCACCACUUGGACAACUGCCCGUGCUUAAAGACCUUUACAUUGAAGGAAUGAGUACAAUAAAGUGCCUUGGUUGUGAGUUCUAUGGGCAGCAGUGUGGUGCCAAACCUUUCCCCUCUCUAGAGAGAUUGAGCUUUGAGUUUAUGACAGAAUGGGAGGAUUGGUCUGCUUUUGAAACAGAGGAAGUUCAGCCGUUCAGUCAUCUCAGUGAGCUUUCCAUCAUAAAUUGUCCCAAACUUGUUGGAAGAUUACCAAAUGAUCUUCCUUGUCUCAAUUCUCUCAAAAUUGAUGGUUGUCCGCAGUUGUUGAUUGAUGUUUCGAGCCUCGUUCAGCCAUCACUUGCAUCCUUGUCAAUGAAUAAUGUUAUGCUCCCAAGCCUUCCAGCACUCUUAGGGAUGAAGAACACGAUUGAACUUGGUUCCCUCACCUUGGAUAUUAGCCAUGUUACAGUUCCCGACUCCCUCUGCGAUCCAAGCACAAUUGAUGAAGAGUUACUGGCUACUGAAAUGUCUAAGCAUUUGACUUCAAUAACUGCUUUGAGCAUUUCUCAUGUUGAAAAAUUGGCGUUCCUACCGACAUGGUUUACUCGAGAUUUGAUGGGACUCGAGAAAUUGGGCAUUAGUAACUGCGAAGAACUCAUAACAUUGUGGCAGAAUAAGGUGAGAACACAAGUAUGUCUCCCCUCCCUCUGCCAUUUGCAGAUUUCUGAUUGUCCCAAACUCGUUUGCUUGUUUGAAGAAGAGCAAGAAAAAGGAGGAGAAGGUUCGAAAGAGCAGCAACAUGAGGGGCUGCCUUGCAUGACGAGACUCGAGUAUUUAACAAUUGAAGAGUGUGGAAUGCUGAAGAAACUGCCACAAGAUCUGCACACAUACACAUCUCUUGGGGUGCUUAGAAUCCGCAAUUGUGCAAGUCUGAUCUCUUUUCCAAUGAAAGGUUUGCCAUCUAUGCUGAGAGAACUUGGGGUUUCAAGGUGUGAUGCUUUGGAGUCCCUACCCGAGUUGAUGACACUCAAUAAUCUGCAAGAGUUGGACGUUUCUGACUAUGCAUCACUCACAUAUUUAUUGUCAAGAGGUGGGCUACCAUCCACACUAAAACAACUUGGGAUUGGGCCGUGUAAAAAUCUGGAGUCACUUUUUGCAGAGGAAGGGAUCAAAAUUGAUUGUCCAUCUCUUGAAACUAUUCAAAUUGGUGGUUGCAGGAGUCUCAAAUCUUUACCUGAAGCCAAUAAUCUCAAGAAUCUCAGUCAAUUGCAGAUAUACAAUUGUUCUAAUCUGGAGCCCCUGUCACUUGGUGGUCGUGAUGAGAACAACAACAACAACCAACUCACUUCGCUUCAAGAGCUGGGUUUAGUUGAUUGCAGAGCAGAGAUGGUCUCCUACUUUGUCAAGGAAGGGAGUUUCCCCACCAACAUCACUUCACUUUGUAUCGGGCAUUGGAGAGUGGACGACGUCGGUCAACUUCCAGUUCCGCCUCCAUCUCCAUUAGAGUGGGGUUUGCACAAACUCUCUUCUCUUACAACACUCGACCUUUAUGGCGGAGGUUGGCCGGGGGGAGAUACGGUGUCCUUUCCAGAAGAAGGGAUGUUCCUGCCCACCUCUCUCAUCAAAUUGACCAUCCACCACUUCCCAAAUCUGGAAAGACUCUCUUAUGAGGAGUUUCAAAACCUCACCUCUCUUGAAGAACUUGUAAUCUGGAAUUGCCCUAGGCUCGCGUCCUUUCCAAAGGAAGGGUUGCCUCCCUCUCUUUUGCAUCUAUGGAUCUUGCACUGCCCUGAGCUUGCGACCUUUCCAGAACAAGGAUUCCCUCCCUCUCUUUUGCAUCUAUGGAUCGUAGAUUGUAAUCCAAUACUGAAACAGAAGUGUGCAAAGGGGAAAGAAUAUUGGCCCAUCAUCCAAUACAUUCCUGACGUAGAUUUGAAAGUAUAAGCAGCCACCUGCAAGGGCUUUGUUGUUGUGGAAACAAACUUUAGGAUGUAUUCAUACUUACUGUCUAAGCUGCAUUGCGAGAUUUUGUGCCUCUUUUCAAGGUUGUUGUGGAAACAAACUUUAGGAUGCAUUCAUACUUACUGUCUAAGCUGCAUUGCGAGAUUUUGUGCCUCUUUUCAAGGUUCUUCAUUCACAAUCUGAGCUAGACGGUGCCUUUUCUCUUGAUCUUUCAUUUUUCCUGUACUGCUGCUUCAAUUCCAGGGCUUGUUGUUGUGGAAACAAACUUUAGGAUGUAUGCACGCUCAUCAUCUAAACUGCACUACAAGUUUUUGUGCCUCUUCUCAAGGUAGCUGUUGAGGAUGCUUGAGGCUUUGCACAACAAUAUGGAGGUUUGUCAUGGGAAAACUUAAAAAAAAAAAAAAAUGCUAGUGCAGGCAGAAAUACUCAUGCACAUCUAACAAUUCCCUCGUCGUCAAAGGCAAUAGAUUUUGUGUGCAAUCUCCAAGAAAGGGUUUGCAGGGAUUUGAAUGUCUGGUGUGUGAUGAUUUGGAAAGUUUGACGGAUUCCACGCUGAUGUAAAGUUUUCUCCCUUAUUGAUGAAAGCACUGGUGUCAGGAAUGGAAUGAAGCUCUCAUCACAUGGUGGAUUUUGAAGCUGAGUUGAUAUGUAAAAUCCCUUUUUGCCCAAGGCUUGCUAAUGACAUACUGCUUUGGCACUUUACUAAAAAUGGCCUUCUUUUUUUCUCUUAAUCAGCAUAUUAUUGGGAGAUGGAUUUGCAAAGAAGAGAAACACGGUUCAGUUCUUCAGAUGCUAAGAAGCAGAUCGUAGCCACCUAAAAAGGAAUGAGUUUUUAAUGGGCAUUUUGGUAGAAGAUUUAGCUGCUGAAAGUUCUGAAUAAAGUGAAAAUGUUUGGAUGGAAAA